AAAAUACCAAGUGAUCUUUGGUUGACUUGUUUUUGUUUUUCUUCCAAGGAGGAUGUCAGCGUUGUCCCUGAGUGUUCAGGGGAGCAGCCUGUCAACAGGGCUGCAGCUGAGAGAGCCUUGCCUGGCAACACAAGCAGUGGGAACAGUUCCCUGGAGCCCGAGGAGCCUGCUGUUCCUGCCAGGGCUGCAGGCAGAGCUGGAGGAGCUGUGGUUCACUGCAGAGGCAGUUCUUCAGUCCCAGAGCUCCACCUGCUGUACCUUGCCAGGAGGGCUGCCCUGCGCAGGCGGAAGUGCCCGAGCUCCCAGCCAGGGCCGGCCCUGGUGGGUGCCGAUGGUGGCCGCGCUGCGGGGGCGCAGCUCCUCGUGAAGAGCCCCGACUGCUGCCCCGAGGUCCCUGCAGACACCAAGAGACUGAAGAGAGACCAGAAGGAGAACCUGCCGGGCGGCCUGGAGGUGUUCAGCUCUGCUUCCAGCCACUCCCAGGAGCACCUGGACUCAGCCCUGAGCAGGGACCUGCAGCUGCCACCCUCGAGCCAGCUGUGCGGCCCCUCCAGGACAAGUGGAGCUGCUUCUGGAUUGCUCCCAGGUAAGGAGGCUCCCCCACUUCUUCCAGAGAAAGUUUUCUACACUCCAAGAAUUUAGAGUUUUUUUUUAAUGAGGCCACAGCCUUGUCCACGUGUGCAGUCCUGGCUUAUAUUUGUUUUUUGUCAGUCCUGUUGUAAUCUGAAGAAUUUUUGACACUGGAAUUGAUAAUUCAAUAUAUUAUCAGUGUAAUUGUAGCAGUUUCCAGUAAAUUAAAGUAUUAAUUGAGA